UUUACGGGAAUCUAAUUGGCUGUACAGUGCGCAUACGCGAAAACGCGACUUCGCAGCAACACUGCAUUGAUUGUGUUGUAGUCGGAGCGAUCACGCCGGUGCACGUGGUUCUCGCCACAUUCGAAUUCAAACUCCGCGUUCGGAGAGACGUUUAUAAUUAAAUACGGUAUUCGGGCAAGAAUUUUACACAAGCCAUCCUUUGCGUAUUUAACAAGUAAUAUCUGAAUUUAUUCAUUAUUCGAGUCGAACAAUUUACAAAAUUUAUCGACACGUGGAACAGCGCAUUACCCGAUAGUUUACCUGAAAGUGCGGGAAUAACGGCCCUGUGUCUUGCUGUUAAAAAUUGACUUAAAAAUUUGUUAAGAUGUUUCUUACCGGAGGUGUUGACGUUAAUACUAACAUUUGGAAUGGCACGACAUCGUUUCACGAUGCAAUUGAAAAUAAGGAAAUAGGAAUUGCUGAAUUAGUUUUAAAUCACGGAGCUGACAUCAAUGCCAGUAAUGUUGCAGGUGAUACACUACUGCAUCUUGCUGUUCGAAGAGGACAUGUGGAUGAUGUUAAGAUGCUUUUGGACAAAGGUGCCAACGUUAAUGCUCUUAGUUAUGUUGGCACUCCGCUUCACGAUGCAAUUCAAAAUAAGGAAAUAGAAAUUGCUAAAUUACUUUUAAAUCACGGAGCUAACGUUGAUGCCACUAACUAUUUAGGUGAUACACCACUGUGUUUUGCUAUUCGAAGAGGACAUGUAGAUGGUGUUAAGCUGCUUAUAGACGGAGGUACUGACGUUAAUGCUGAAACUUAUUAUGGCAGAAGUCCGCUUCAUGAUGCAAUUGAAAAAAAAGAAACAGAAAUUGCUAAAUUACUUUUAAAUCACGGAGCUAAUGUUAAUAUCAAUUUCUCUGACGGUGUUACACCACUGUUUAUUGCUGUUCGAAGAGGAUAUGUAGAUGAUGUUAAGAUGCUUAUAGACAGAGGUGCCAACGUUAAUGCUGCAACUAAGUUAGACAUAACUCCGCUUCAUGAUGCGAUUGUAAAUGGAGAAAUAGAAAUUGCUAAAUUACUUUUAAAUCAUGGAGCUGACAUCCAUGCUUGCACCAGUACUUUUGCAGGUGAUACACCACUAUCUCUUGCUAUUACAAACCCAAAAAAAGUAAAACUUGUUACGAUGCUGUUAGACAGAGGUGCUGACAUUAAUGCUAUAUCAGAUGUCAAUAAUUCUCUCUGUUUGGAUAACGUCCGCCCUAGAAAAAUUGCUAAGAUUCUUGAACGGCAUAUAGUUAAGAUGAAAAGUGCAAAUCUCUACGUAAGUGAACAAUUAUUGUCAACGAGUAGCAAUUAUAAAAUAAGGAAUUUACAGGAUAAAUGUGAAAAAGAACUAGCAAUCAUGAAGAAUGAGAAAAUUAGUAAUACUAACAUAUCAUUUUAUGAUAUCUUGAUAAAAGAUACAAAUCUAUUAGCAAAAUGUAUGAGAAAUGAAAAUUUAGUGCAGGUUUUAGGAUCAGAUGAUUAUAAAACAAAAUUUCCAAUAUACGCUAGCAUGAUAAAUUGUAAUUUCAGAAAGGGUAUGGAAAAAAAAGAGUUGCUGGAACAAAGCACUAGAAUUUUCUAUUUUCUCUUUAACAACUUUCCUAAAUUACCACAUAUCUGUAUUGAAAAAAUAUUUAGUUACCUAAGUGAUAACGACUUAAGAAUUGUAAUAGAUACUUGUAAGCCUAGCUUACAAGUAAGCUAGUGUCAGUAAACUUAAUACUGGGAGCUUUUCACCUACGUACACAGGCGACACUGUGCAACACAGUGUCUACUAGUGUGAGUGAGACACACCGAUAUGCUCUUUCUCAUACUGUGUUACACAGUGUCGCUUGUGUAAGUAGUUGGAAAGCGUCCACUGAUAUUAAUGAUGUAACAAUUACCUCAAACACAUCUAAAGUGCUAUGUGUGUAAGUUAAGAAAGAACGAACUACUUUAAACAUUAAAUAACAGCUAUAAAAAUUUAAAGAGUAUUACUUUAUUUUAUAAAUACAGAUUACUAUCUUAU